AUGUCUGAUUCACACACAACAACUACUACGACUGUUACAUCUGAAGAGAGUGAUCAAACAUCUGAAGAAUGUACCUUGUGUUCACAAAAGUACAUUGAUCAGAAGAAGGCUAUUGUAGCAAUACUAAGGAAACGAUAUAAGUUGUUUGAUAAAACUGUACUGAAUACAUUCCAGUAUAUUGAUGAUCAUGACGAUACAACUCAAGUUGGAGAGAGACUAAACUUGGUCAAAGUGCUCACAAUAGUUGGACUGCUAUUCCCUUCCUUUGUGACUAGGAACAAUACAUUGGACCAAAGAGCAUUCUUUAGAGUACUGUAUCUCUUUCCUCAUUAUGAUUAUGUUGUUGAACAUGGAGAUCAAUCAUCGACAUCAUCACAUGCUCCAUUCAUUCUGAGGCAUGACACUACAACCAAGUUACCAGACGAUCACUCCAAUGUGCCACCAAUCAACAUCGAUGACAAUGGUGGCAAGUUACCAUUGUACGUCAUCAGACAUCGAGCAAACUACAAGGAGCAUCCAAAUCAAAAUCAAGAUCAAGAUCAAGAUCAAGAUCAAGAUACAUCAUCCAACUCAGAGAACGACGAUGAAAGCUCGUGA